AUUAGCCUAUAAUGACAAAACAAAUAAAUGGGCGGUGCAUGUUGUAGAACGCUGUUUGCUUAUUGGUUAAAAUGAUCGGAUGUGAGUUUUUAAAUUUCCUUGGUGACGAGCGUAGUGUUUACUGCUUGGUUUGGCAAGCGGGAAAGCGUCGCAAUGGUUUAUCCGUCUAGCGCCACACGAAAAACUGAGUUUGACUCCUCCGAUGAUGAAAAUGUGACCGAAGAACAAGAACAGACUCCACUUGAGAUUUCAUGGCUUUCACUGGCCAAUGUGGACUGCGCCCAGAAUCUAGGGAUCUGUGCCCUGCCAGGGUGCAGGUUUAAAGAUGUAAAACGGAAUCUUAUGAAGGAUCUAGGGGAACUGAAGGGACAAGGAGUGGAAGAAGUCUUUGUGUUCUGCACUCUUGGUGAGCUCAACAAAUACCGGGUACCACAUCUCCUUGACUCCUACCAGCAGCAUGGACUGAUUGCACAUCACCAUCCAUUUCCUGAUGGAUGUGCUCCAGAGCUGGACCAGUGCUGCCAGAUUUUAGAAGAACUAAAGUCCAAUCUCAAGAAUGGCCACACAACUGUGCUACACUGCUAUGGAGGACUUGGCCGUUCUGGUCUAAUCGCUGCAUGUCUCUUACUUCAUCUGUCAGAUGUUAUGACCCCUGAUAAGGCAAUUGAUCUUCUUCGUGAGCUCAGAGGGUCUGGAGCCAUUCAAACAAUCAAGCAAUACAACUUUUUACAUGAGUUCCGAGAGAAGUUUGCUGCUUAUUUGACAACCAAAGAAGACUCCACAUCAAGAUGCGUUUCAAGAUAGCUCUUCAUUUUCGUGUCCUCUGAAUAAUGUGCUGGUCUAACAAUGGAGCCCUGGGAACGCAAUGCUUUAAAGCUGCUGCCUGCUCGACCCCGUAACAGAGCCACCCUUUGGACCAUUUUGUAACCGCAUGCAUCUUUUGUGGUUAACUUGUUUGAGGAGCUCUUAACAGCUGUCGCUAGUCCACGCUUUAUGUACCCUGAAUUAUUUAUUUUUUUGAAUUAGUUUUUUUGGAACAACUAAUUUUUGAUUUGCUAAAAAAUAAAAUCCAUGUGAUUUAGAGCACAGUA